UUUAGUUUUCUAUUACUUUUUAGGCUUUUCAUCAUAUCCACGUUUACAAAAAUUGGGGUGGAGGGUGGGGUUGGCUGUUAUGGUUCUUCACCAAUGAUCUAAACCUUUGAUUUAUUCCAUGGUUUUGAAAAUGCAGUAUUUGUGUUCCAUAAAAGUCAUGAUCAGCAUCUUUGGUGUUCCUGUAAGAUCCUUCUGUAUAACAGACUGACGGCAAUGUCAGAUUCUGCCAAUGCUCCUUUCCUUCUGAUUCCCCUGUAUCACUUUUAUUCCCCAUGAGAAUAGUCAUGCACCUAAACAGUGUGUGAAUUAACUCACCUGCUUCCCGUUGUGGCAGGAUGUUGCCCUUUAUUUGUUGUGAAAUGACUUGCUACAAAUUUCACUUUUUUUUGUUUCCUGCCAGUUUUCCUUUAAUUCCUUUGUGGAUUUCAUGGUUUAAUUGUUGACUUGCAAGAGGUAUUUGUGUAUAAAUUCUAGUUCUUCUCUUUGCCGUGGUUCCUACUGCACUUAUCCACCAGUAUCUGGUGGUAUAGAGUAGCUUUUUCUUUCCAAUGUGCAUGUGACUUACAGUAAAAACUAUGAAAUUUGAGGGGCUUUGGUCCAGUUUCUAUCACAAAUAAAAUCCUGCUGUUACUGCCUUGUUACACUAGUUAUCCAUCUCAUGUCACCUUUCUGUUUUGGUUGGGCAGAGAGGAAUUUCCAGUUCUUACCCUCAAACCUUUCAGUCCAUUCCUCAUUAGAAGAGUUCCAGGUAUCUCCAUCCCAAUAAUCACGUGGAGCAGGAUCUCCUGAAGCUGGUGCUGCACCACUUCAAAUGCCAUAAUGACUGCAGGCUUGAUUUGACUUCAGAUUCUGAUUUCAGAACAUGAUUAAAUGUCUGUGUGCCUCCUAACCAAGAAUAGCAUACAGGUCAAUAAUUUGCAAAUUGGGCACUUCCCACUUCCAUUCUCAUGUGGUUUUUCCCUCCACCCCCAGGCUCUAGUAAAAUAACUAAUUGCCAGUAUACAAACCUGGUUUUUAAAUAGCCUCGUUUCCCAAAAGCAGCAAAUAGCCUUUAAAGGGAAAUCAUCAACUAAGGAUAGUACCUGUUAAAAUAAACAAGCUUUUUAAUUUAGUUUCCUGAGCUAUUUAAUGAGUGAUUUUAAUCUUUCUCUCCACAACACUUACGGGAAAGACCUAAUUUAGACUGGAUUUCUUAUUGUAAUGGCUUGUUCAAAACGUGAGGGGAAAAAAAGCUGAUGCUUUAUGAUGAAACACCAACAGAACAACCAGCCUACAGAACUAAGUAUUGAAUCCUGCUUCUUCUCAGCAUGUAUCUACUGAAUUUAAAGACCAGAAUUCAUUUGGAAUUACAGAAAUCCCAAUGCUAAUUUUGCUGAUCUCACCUGAGAAAAAUAUCCUUCAUUAUUUCCCAUCUGUAAUUCCGAAACAGGAACUUAAUGAUACUGUGUGGGGUUACCUGUUUUGCAGGUGUGCAGUCACUGAGGUUAUGGCUCUAGCAGUCUUCUGCUGCAGUCCUUAAACAUCUGAUGCUGUGUUUGCACAAACACAGAGUUGUUUGAGCAAGAUACUGAGUAAAAGUGUAGUAUUUAAACCUAAGACAGCAAGUUUGAUCAUGGGAUAUUAUCAAGAAGAAACACUGUAGUUGAAGCUUUGUAUCAAGAGUGUGAAGACUGGACUGAGCAUAUUCGGGUUUUGAGGAUCCUGACUGAAAUGUUUUUGCCCCAUAUCAGCCUUGAAGAUUUGGAACAAACUUUUUUCUCAAAAGUAUUGCCUAAGACUUUACAGUUCUUUGAUAACUUGAUGUACGAGUUAUCCAGCGAAGCCAAGGGAUUAACCAGCCACAGCACAGAGUUAUGCAGUACUGUAAGGAAUCUGCUGCAGACUGUGGUGCAACUGCUGGAAACCCUGACGGGCUGUGUGCGCUGCGUGUGCUCCGGGCAGGAGUGUGUGCCUCUGGAGAGCAUCCGCUCCCUGCCGGCCUCCGUGCUCUGUGUCAUAAAGAACACCUUUACACACUGCAGGGACAGUGAAUCAGUGUACUGUGGGCACCUACACUUGAUUUCUGACCUCCUACAAGCUGUGUUCAAGGAAACUUACUCCCUUCAGAAGCAGCUGAUGGAACUCGUUGAUAUGACUACCUUGGGCUCUGCAUCCACUGAAGAUAACAUCACGGACAUGGUGUCAAUGAUCCACACUGUGCUGGAGAUCUGCUCUGUCAUUUCCAAUAUGGACCAUGCUCUUCAUGCCAAUACGUGGAAGUUCAUCAUCAAGCAAAGCCUGAAGCAUCACUCCCUGCUGCAGUGCCAUCUGAAGCACAGUGACAUCCUGGGUGGCCUCUGCAAGGACACUCUUGUGUCUUUUGACUCCUGUUUGCAACUGGCUGAGCAAAUGAAGGUGUCAGAGAUACAGGAGGGCACUGAUUUAAGGCUGUUUCAGAAGACAGUCAAACUGUGCAGGUUCUUUGCUAAUUCCCUUGUACACUACACCAAGGAAUUUCUUGCUUACUUCUCUGACUCCUGUUCUCAGUUACAUCAGCUCUUUCUUCAGAUAUACAGCAAAUUUCCUCCCAGUCUCUAUGCUCCAGAGAUCUUGGAAGUUCAUCAAGAGGAAAUAUCCCGGGUUUUUCUCGUGGCUCUGGAUCCUCUCAUCAACCAGCUUCUUCCCUUUAGUCCUUUCAUGGAGCAAGUGUUAAGUGAGAAGUUAGGUCUCCCUCCUGAGCAGCAGCUGCCCCAGCUCCUCCUCCUGGUUACCAUCAUGGACAAGCUGUCCUCUCAGCCUGAAGAAGUGCAAACUCUCUGGAACACAGGAAAAAGCCUGUCUUUGUUUUCGGCUCUCUUCUUCAGUUUCCAGCAAUGUCCUGGUGAGCUUUCUCUCCCUGUCUGUUUGCCAGAGGUGAUCAGUACUGGCCAGCCAGCAGUUCCCAUCACCCUCUAUCACUAUGUCUGUGUCCACCUGUGCUCCUUCAUUGCUUCCACACUCCCAUCACACUUCCCUCAGCUGGAAUAUGCCCUGCUGGACGCAGUGCUGGGCUCCAGCAUGAUCACAUCUCUGCUGGCAAUGGACUCGUGGUGCUUCCUUGCCCGGUAUGGAACAGCUGAACUGUGUGCUCACCAUGUUCAUGUGAUUGCCCACUUGCUGAAGGCUUGGCCCAGUGACUGUUACCAGGUCUCUGCCCUGGGUGUCCUGCUGAGGCGUCUGCUGUUCAUGAUGGCUCCAGAUCAUCAGGUAGAAUUCGCUCACAAGUUUCUUCCAGAGGAGGUGGAGAACCUGGCUGUGUGGCAGCACACAUCGCUCAGGGCCCUGAACCCCGACCUCAGGAAGCAAGUGGCAGCUCAGCUGUGCGUGGCCGGGCUCGCGCAGUGCCGGCAAUGGCUCCACAGCAGGCGCGCCCUGGGAGAGCUCCGACCUGUGAACACUGCCCUUUCUGUCCUGUUGGCUGCCUGCAGUUUUGCUGAUGACACUCUGGAGGCAGAACUUAAAACAUCUGUCUUGGGAGUGCUCAGUCAGUUCUGGACUUUUCUCCAGGCUAAGCAGGUCUCAGAUGAGCCAUGUCUCCAGCAGACACUGUGUCUAUUACUUCACCUUUUGGAAUUUUUCAUCCAAGCAUUAGAUGCUCAACUGAUUACUCAGGUAUUUGCACUGCAGUCUUCCGUUUUCCAGCUGGAUCCCCCAGAUCAUGUUCGUCUAGCGAUGGUGGAUUUUCUGUCUUCCAUGGGAAAGGUGUUUAUACCACAAGAAGCACAGAGGCAGGUUGUGCCCCAGCUGUCGUGUCUCUUCGCUUCUCUGCUGGCUGACCAGACCUGGCUGAUUCACCAGCACGUAUUGGAGGCGUUCACACGUUUUGCAGAGGAAACAAGCCAUGAAGAUAUUGUUCCUCUGUGCCUUAACUCUGAAGAAGCUAAGAACAAAGUUGUUAAUUUUCUGGCUAAGACAAGGCAGGUAGAAGAGACCAGAGAAGCACGAGCAGAACGCACAAAGCAAGAAAGGAUUACGUGGAGUGCACAGGUUUUGAGAGGGGACAGAGAACUGGAGUCAACAGGAGAGCCCCUGGCCAAAAGAGCCUGUCACCCGCCCUCUGAGGAGCAGUACAAGUCAGCAGUGGGCUCCAUGGAGGGGGCAGUGGAGGCUGUGAAGCUGCUGCUGCAGAAAGGGUCCCCCCCAGCCUGGCUGGCAGGGAGGCUGGAGGCCCUGCACGCAGCCAUAGCCACCCUCAGGGACAGCGCACGCUGAGGGCUCCUCGGGGCCAGCUCAGCUCCCUGCAGGGAGGGAAGAGGCGCCUUUGUACCACAAGUGCUGGAGAAGAAAACACUGUCUCUCUCCACUGUGCCUGUGCCAAAGUGGACUGAGGGGUGAGAUGUCGGCCCGUGUUUCACAGUAAGUGGCUGGAAGGAGUUGAUGUAUUUUAAUGGACACUACUGUGCAUCUCAGCUGUCAGUUUGUAUACUGCCGAUCUUGUAUAUUUGUUUGUAUAUUGUUUGGUUUUUUACUAUGUGGAGAUAAACAUUCCAUGAUACUGUAUUCUGAAUACUAAGAGGUUGGAAUCUGUUGUAAAAGUAACAGUAACUUUGUUCCUGUCACCUACAGGUGACCAGGCAGUAGGUGUUUUUAUCUUAAUUUUAAAAUACACUCAAGAAUAACAGCUUAAGGCUCUAUACUGUUCUCUGAACAUACCUCUGCUGCUGGUUCCACUCCAGGCUAGGGUCAUCUUUUAAAAACAAU